AUGGAUGGUCUGAAAAACAACAAGUGGUUGAAGAAAAUGUUUGAUAUAAAAGAGAAAUGGGCUUUAGUGUAUGGGAGAGAAACCUUCUGUGCUGAUAUGACCACAACCCAACGAAGUGAGUCCAUGAACAGUGUCAUAAAGAAGUAUGUAAGUUAUAAACAUGACUUACUUGAAUUUUUUGAACACUUCCAAAGGCUGUUAGAUGAUCGUCGCUAUGAUGAAUCCGUAGCAGAUUUUAGAGGCAAUCAAAGUACACCGGCAAUGACAUUCCCUUGUAAGAUUUUACAGCAUGCAGCAAGUAUAUAUACGCAUGAAAUGUAUGAAAAAUUUAAGGACGAGCUAUGCAAAGGGAUUGAUUGUGAAUGGGAAGUUGAUGGUGAAUUAGGAAAUCAAGUGAUUUACAGAGUUACACCAUAUGGUAAGACUUCCCAUCAUCUUGUAACUUAUGAUUCAUCCACGAAUUCAAUUUCUUGUAGUUGUAAGAAAUUUGAAUUUGCUAGAUUUUUGUGUUCACAUGCACUAAAAAUAUUGAUGACUCUGAAUAUUGUAAAAAUUCCGGAUGCAUAUAUAUUGAAGAGAUGGACAAAAGUAGCUAAAACAGGAAAUGUACAUGUUUCCAGUGAAAGUAGCCCGGAAAUGGAGUUAAAGGCAAAAUUAAGUUUUCGUUACAAAGAGUUAUCCUAUCUAUAUAUGCAGCUGAUGACAAAAGCUUCUGAAUGUGAUGAAGCUUAUCAAAUUACUAAAGAUGGAUUUUGA